GUGAGGUAAGAGAAAACGUGCUGCUCGCCAGGGACGUCAUUUGAUCCGAGCUGGUCUUGGCCGCCGACGGGUCGCAAUCGUCUUUUCUUCUUCCACUUCUUCGCCACCGUCAAACGUUGUUGACUCGAGGUCGUCAUCGUGAACACAAUCUUUUUUUCCUUCCACCUCUUCUUCAGCCGUCGCAUCCCCCUUCACCCUUUUACGCUUCCUCCACGAUCGCACUCCCACCACCGCCACUGCACCUCUUCAACCUCAACGCACCCAACCCACCAUGGGCGGAGCCAGAAACAUCUCCCACGGCCGCGGCGGCGCAGGCAACAUCUUCUCCACCAACGACAAAUCCCACACCACUCCUAAAGACCUCGUCACCCCGACCAUCAAACAAGACAUCUUCACCACCGGUCGCGGCGGCUCCGGAAACAUGAUGCACAAUGACCCGCAACACCCAGAACUGGCCCGAGAAUCCCAGGACGUGGACUCACCCCCGCUGCGCGUCGAAGAAGCGCCCCAUUUCACAGGGCGAGGCGGCGCCGCAAACGCAUACAUCCCCACCAUCGAAGAAGAGAAACGCGUGCGCGAACAGGAAGAGGCGAACCUGCGACGGGUGCGCACGCAAUCGAAGGAUCGGAGGAAGGAUGGGAAUGGGGAGGGUGAGGGCGAGGCUGCGGAUGAAACCGCCAGUCGUGGUGCUGCGACUGCUGGUGGAGGCGGCGGCGGCGGCGGCGAGGAGAGAAACCCGACCAGUUGACUAGCACACGUUUGGAGUUGAGGAUAAGUCGGGUCGACCUGUCGGUAUUUCCUGUCUGUCUGUCAGUUGACUCGCCGACGGGUUGUAUUGCUGGGUUAGGGAGGUAUCUUCGUGGCAGGCCGAGUUUUAACUCUCCCCUGACACUAUGGAUCACCCAUAUACCUACCUACCUACACCUCGAUACCGACCUUGGACUCUUCUCCAAACAUGUGUUGUUCACUUUCAUCCUCGCGAGAGGAUCAUCUUUUUGGCUGGCGGGUCGGGUGCUCCCCCCCCCCCCCU